CUCACAACAAACAACAAUUCUCCUACAACUUCCACUUUCACCACCGACCACCUCACAACCACACACACAACCAAAAUGACCUCCCUAACAACCCACCUCCUCAACCUCAACCCCUCCGCCCUCCACACCUCAACCGCCCACCCUUUCCUCCACUCCGCCGGCACCUCCACCCUCCCCAAAGCCACCCUCUCAGCCUGGCUCUCACAAGACCGUCUCUACGCGCAAUCCUACGUCCGCUUCAUCGGUCUCCUCCUCUCGAAAAUCCGUCUCCCUUACACAACCACUGCCAGCAGCCCCGCCCCCCUCGAAUCCCGCAUCCUCUCCCUCCUCACCUCCGCCCUCCUCAACAUCCAACGCGAACUCACCUUCUUCGAGACCGUCGCCGCCGAAUACAAUCUCGACCUGCAAGUACCCCCAUCGGGCGCGACCACCUUCGGCCCUAGCGAAGCGACGCACGCAUACACAGAUUUGUUCCUUUCCUCGGGCUCGAGCGGCGUGACGUUGUUGGAGGGGUUGGUGGUGUUGUGGGCUACGGAAGUGUGUUAUUAUAAGGCAUGGGGGUAUGCGAGGGGGGUUAUCGAGAAGGAAAAUAAGGGUGGAGAGGGAAGUAAUGAUGCGGAUGGCGGUGCUUUGAGAGUGCAGUUUAUUCCUAAUUGGACGAGUGAGGAGUUUGGACGCUUUGUUGACCAGAUUGCGGGGUUGGUGGAUGAGGUUGCCGCGGGUGUUGCGGGUAGUGAGAGGGAGGAGUUGCUGGGGAGGUGUGAGCGGUGGUGGAGGCAGGUUGUUUGGCUGGAGGGAAUGUUUUGGCCGGAGGUUUGAGGAUUGGAAUUGGUUCUAUGCAAGGUAUAAGGUGUAUGGU